AUGGUGAAAGAAACGGGGGUUUGCGUUGCAAUUGGCGAGAAAGCUACGGCACAAGAAAUGGAAAGAGGCACAGAUGAGCAUCCUCAAGGACGACAAACCGUUUUCAAUGCACAAGAGGAACAAAGUCAAAGAAGCACCGAUGAGAAUCGUCAAGGAGAACAAAGCGAACCAACCAAUACGAUGUCGCCAGAACAUCUGGAUUUAUUCGACACCUUGGUGUUGGUGCAUUUCCUCGACGUGUUAGAAAUUUAUGCUGAAGUGUUUGGUACUUGUCGAGGGUGAUGUUCAUAUAUACAAUGUAAAAGACUUAUAAACCGGGAACAUUGUGAAAAAUACACAACUUAGUGGCAGGAAUUGAACCUACGCCCCUGUGAUUCCGGUGCAGUGCUCUUCACCUCUAAGCUACGGAGUAGUUGCCGUAAAUGCUGCACACUUUUGUAAAUAAUGAAAUGUGGUACUAUAAUAAUCUUACAAUGACAACACUAUGUAAAUAAACCUUGAACUGUAUAUAUUUUGGUCCCAUUGUUGCACUAACUCACACAAAGAACUACAACAGGCAAUUGAUUAUUAUACUUCAAAUUUUCAUACUCACAUGAUUAAUACUCAGGGCUUGGUGGCCUCUGGAGGGUCAUGUACUCUCUUAUCAAUUCCUCCAGAGAUACCUCAUAAAAUAUUUUUCUCUGCAGAAGAAUAAUUACAUAACUGUUAGACAUUGAACACGUUUGACACAGCUGAGUAUCAAUCAAAAAAUAAAUAUUUUCAAUCUGUUGAAUCAAAUAAACCUAGUGUACUGUAAAAGCAAUGAAAUAGUGCACUAAAUGUUUGAAAUGCUAAAUAGUUAUAAGCCCUAAGAUUAAGGUUGAUUUACACAAGAAAGAUCAGUAAAAAACCUAGCGAAUAGGAAUAUAAAAAAAAUAAAUGGCAUUCCUAUGCUUACUUUGCCACCAGCUCUUGGCGGGUAAUUCCGGAUGCCAUCAGGGUAAUAUGCCCUGAUUACAUCCAGUAGCUCUUGAGGGUAAACGAGCGAUGCCCCAUUACCCACUCCUCUUUUUCUCUAAAAAUUUUUACACUUGGCACUUUGCCGACGCCACUUGCUUGAUCUGACCAUAGACCUGACUAAAAACCAAAUCAGGUAACAAACGCGACAUACAACAACAAUUUACAUACACUACUUGCUGAUAAGAAAUCGAAGAGCGAUUUAUAAAUACAGUGCCUCGAUUCUGAAUCGUUGCGCUGGCUGUUGUUGCGGAUCAGAUGAACCAAUGAUCCAGGUAUUAUAUCUCCGCUGUAUAAGAAAAAGAAUGCUUAGAAUAUAUUUCAAACACAAAGAAACUAAAUGGAUUCAAAAACACUUAGCCUUACGUCUCUUCGCGCACCGCUUCUUCCAAGCGGCGCAUCGUGAUCCUUUGGCGGUUUUUGUUUUCUGAGUUUAAUAAGAACAAGCAUUAUGUUUUUGUGCUAUCAUCAAUUGUUUCUGUGAAAACGCUAAAAGCGAGAACCACUCAAUUAUUACGUACCUGCUAUGAUCAGAUGAAAAAAAGCUUUGUCUUUGUGGAGAGCUUUGAAUGCCUUUGAUCAAUGACUUUCGCUGUCAAUAGCCCACAACAAAUGCGCAAAAUGAGACGAAAAUGCCGCAUAUCAUAUCACAACAACGAUUGCGAAGGUGUAAAAUUCUGUCAAAACUCGCUGUAGGAGAGCGAACGCUAACACAUUGUAUUUCAGCCUAAACUCCAGUUUUGGCGCGAAUUUCAUCCUUAGAUACGAAUGUUUGAUCGCGAAAAUCUCAGUAAGAAUAAAACGCAUCACUGUAAAAUUCAGCAUGGGAACUUGUUUUUACUAUAUCUACCAACUGACCAAAAACCGUAGAAAUUGGAGAGAUCGACUUGAGACUCUGGUACUACCUUAAGGUUUUCCAUUGCCAUCAGAGUGUUAAAACAUAGACAUGAACUAAAGACAUACUUGCGAGCAUUGACACCCUUGCCAAUGUUGUUACAGUUUAACUUUUACUCAUUCACUUAAUGCUCACUUCCAUUGUUUUUAUAGACAUUGCAUAAUGUGGGUAAGAGCUGUUUGGAAGGAAGGUGAUGCAGAAGAAGAAGUAGUUAUCCCAAGCAAUUGGGUUCAGCAAGAAACUGUGUGAUGGCCUAACACCUUGAAUGUUUUGAAACCAUUGAAAAAGAAGAGACCCAUCCUUAGAAAACUGGUAUUGCUUUCCACUAGUAAAGAUCAAAAUUCAAUCAGGUUUGUGUUGCAUUAUAUUUUACGUUAUUAUACUAAUGAUAAAUGUGUGUCAUCCCGAGUGAUGAAACUGAUGUCACCUCAACCCUCGUAUAAUAAACAGCGUACAUAUAUUGAAUUUUUGAUAGAUGACAAUCUUGUAUGUGAUGAUUGUGAUUUCAUGUCAACGGCAGAAACAAGUGGUGGGGAAGAAUUAGUUCCAAAAAAAAGCUAUCCACAUAAAGAGACAACCUCAUGCUCACAUUUUCGUAAGUUUGAUAUGCGUCUUGUAUGUUAAGCCAUAUACGCGAGCGGAACUUAAUGCAUAUUACCACCAUUUGUAAAUUUAGUAGUUGUUUCAGAAUACUAAGUUGUCCUGUGUACAUUUAUUACUAUUUAUUGGGUCAGGUUAUUAAUUUAACCAGCAUCGUCAUUUUUGAAAUCCUAUAUAAAUAUACCAUUAGUCCAUUACCCAAUAUUUCUGAGACAAACUGUAAUAAUAAUUUGUUCUCCAGUUUUGCCACCGCCUCGAAACGUGCCACCGCCGUGCCAAGGAAAAAAAAACUGCGCCAGGAAAAAACAAACUAUCUCUGAGAAAGUCUGCUAUGGCAGGAAAAAGUAACAUACAAAAGCAACAGAAUCCAAUAAGAAGCGAAACGUCAGAAUCCAGGUCUCGAUCACUGUUGUUGCCCAAGUCACUGAUACGACCGUUAAGCGGAUCACACAGCAGAUCACGAUUACCCGGCAGAUCGCCAACACCACCUUCAAUGAGACAGUCACACAGAUCGCCAACGCCACCUUCUAUGAGACAGUCACCCAGAUCACCAACGCCACCUUCAAUGAGACAGUCACCCAGAUCGCCAACGGCACCUUCAAGGAGACAAACACACAAAUCGCCAAUGCCACCUUCAAGGAGACAAUCACACAGAUCGCCAACCCCAUCGUCGAGUUCGUUUGAGUCCCUGGGUGUUAGACAAAACGAAUCCUCAAGAAAAAGAACAGCAGCAAGCCAACAGUCAAUACUGGAAUCAUUGUCCUCAAUCGAUACGGAAAAAGAUAGCGAAAGAUCCACGUCCUCAAACAAAUUUCCAAUGCCUGAAGGACGUAAGUAUGCUCGAAAUAUGACUGUAAAAGAAUUUAGCAAUAUCCUUCUCAAAUUCAUUAAUAAUUCAUGAGCAAUUCAGCCAAUGAUAAUCACCUACUUGAUCACAAGAUGCCAUUUGGAUAACCCGGUGAAACUUGAUGAAAGUCACUAGUGUUUUCAUCAAAUAUCUUAAUUACGCAUGCAAAAUUACUUGAAUAGAAUUCCUAAUUACGUUUUGCUUGGUUAAGAAUUCUAUUCAAAUCAGCAAGCAAAAACAUUGUAAUACGUCUCGAUUCAUUUGAGAAGCCAUAUAAACAACUCGAGCUUGUGUCUCACUGGGAUAUCCAAACACUGUAUGAAAACAAUGUUUUCAUACAGUGUGUGGAUAUCCUGGUGAAACACUUGCUCUCGUUGUUCAUGUAUUACAUCUUGGUUGGUUGAUAUGUUUUCCAAUAUUUGGCUGUUGACAUAUUUGAACAAAAUGAGGUUUCAAAGUGAGAUUCGAUUAUUAGGUACCAUAAGAUCUUUAAGAUUAUGUAAAAAAAUUGGUUCUCCGUCGGAGAAUUACUUUAAAGGAUGGAAAACAUAUUUUUAGAAUUAAAGGUCAACGUGGACGUAGCUAAAUAAGAUCAUAGUUAAUAGAAUAGAUGGUUUGGAAACUGGAGGAAAAUGCAAUAUAACUUGUUAUCUAUGUUAUUGUUAAGGUUUAUCUAUUAACUAUGAUAAGAUUAAAUAAGUAAAAAUCUUUUGGGGCAUGGUGUUAACAGUAUUGUGUCUAUUAUGUGUCAAGGUGUUUAAUUUAUUGUUCUUCGCCUGCUGAUGGAAAUCUGUGACAAUCUAAAACAGGUGGGGAAAAGGUGUGAAUCCAACAAAUCGGAUUUCCACCCUGGCCAAGCUUCCACCUUGGAAGAAAUUAAAAUGAUGGAAGAAUCACUAGCUGAUGAUGAAAUGAGAAAACUGCUGGUACGAACUUAUUGUAACACACACUUUGCUACAGACUGAUUGGACUUGUUGCAGUAAAUGUAUUUUUGUGUUAUAUUUAUCUAAUGGUUCUUUGAUUAAUGAUAUAGACCUCGCAUUUUGGAAAGGUUGGCGGUUCGUCGAUUAAAGACUAUGUCUGGGGCAUAAUGACAAGGCAUACAAAAACUUUAGUGGCCUGCCUGAGGCAUCGCUUCACCUAGUAAAUUCCAAUUUUCUAUUCCAAAGGCGAACCACAUGUACCUGUUUUUUUCUUUUAAUUCCUGAAGUUAUGAUAAAGAUCAACAAAGUUGUACAUUUAAAGGGAAAUGAUUUUAAAUUUAAUUAAGUUAACUUACUUAUAAUGAGUGAUUAAAUUACUCUCAGUACAACCCAGGACAUCUCUACAUGAAAGGCCUGUAAAUAUAAUGCACUGUCAAAAAUGUCAAAACUAGCACUGUCAAAUUCUGCUACUGUAUAUUUAUCAAACAGGAAAGCUUUUUUGGCCAUCGGGUCUAUAUAAUUGUUUUCCCAAAAGAAAUGAAAUGAUGAAAUUUUGACAUUAAAAUGUAGUGCUCAUGUACACCCCUGUAUUUCUUUUAGAAUAAUGAGUAACAAAGUAAUGGCUGGGAUGAACAUGAAUGGCAAUGGUGGAAAACUGGCAUUCCAAAAAAGAAUUAUUUAUGAAAUUAUAACAGGUAUAGAGUAUAGUUCUACUUUAAGACUAUUUUACAUUUGACCCCAGAAAACCAUUUAUAAUUUAUGUCGAUGACUCGAUGUCAGUUCUAGGCUUUGCACUGUGAUGAUUAUAUUAGUCUUGUUUUGUGGAUACGCGAUGUAUAUCUGUAGUAUCCCAAAGCUUUCACUCCGUAAGGCUGGGUCUUCGUUGUUGAUCGAGUCUAAUUUAGUACUGAUGAUUCGGCCUUGCAAAUCGAAAGCUUUGCGAUAAUUAAUAUAUGUGGUGUAUCAUAUCACUGACAAAACUAAUAAUUAUGUAAGAUAUGUUUAAAAAGCUAAUGCACCUGCAAUUUAUUACAGUGAGUGUGCUGAAGAAUCACCAAGGGAUGGAGGAUGAUGUAUACCAAGCAACCCCAAAAUUAUUUAAGUACGCACCAGAUCGAAAAGGUGGUGGGGGAAGAAAAAACCCCGGAAGAGAUCGACCUAUCAUAAGGAUAGCCGUAAACGGACAAUAUCAGACAUAUUCUCACCACAUAAAUUAUGGAACUUUUAUGUGCAUGCAACAAAUAUAA